GGCGGAGCAGGGCGGGGAUCCGUGGGGCUGCCCGACCCCCGCCCGGCGCUGUGCCCCGGUCCGGAUUAGCCCCGGCCGAUGGCUCCCCUGGCUCCUGCCGCCCCGCCGGGCGGAGCGGGGUGGCCCGGUGGCCGCCGGUGAAGGCAGCGCGGUGCCGCCCCCGGGGCCGCGGUGGGCCGGGCCGGCACUGCCGGGCAGCGGCGGCGGCGGCGCCCGCCCCGGCCCGCAGCGCACAGCGCGCAGCUCGGCUCCCCCCCGGCGCCCGGGCGGCGCGGCCCCGGGAUCGGCGGCUCCUCGAGCCCGGGAAAGAUGCUGCCGGGGUCCAUCCAGAUCUCCGGAGAGACGCUGUCGGGGGCAGAGAUCCGGGACAUCUGCGAGAGCCUGCGGGAGAACUCGGUGCGGCUGCUGUCUCUGCGGGGCUGCCAGCUCUCCGAGCGGGACUUCGGGCACGUCUGCCGUGGGGUGGCCGAAUCCCGCUCCCUCGCCCAGCUCAACCUCAACCUGGGCAUCGUCUCCAACAUCAACCGCGUCAAGCAGCUGGCCGAGGCCCUGAAGACGAACCGCUCCGUCCAGUCCCUCUUCCUCCAUGGGAGUCCCUUGACAGAUGCAGGCUUGGCCCUCCUCAAUCCUGCUCUUUCCAUCCACCCUUCGCUGGUGGCUCUGGAUCUAGGAGACUGCAUGCUGGGUGAUGAAGGCAUCAACCUUAUCUGUGGGCUCCUGCCGCCUGAUGGGGCCAAGUCCGGCCUCAAAGAGCUAACACUGAGCGCCAACCCAGGCAUCACAAGCAAAGGCUGGGGACGCCUGGCCAUUGCAGUGGCUCACAGCUCACAGCUCCGCGUGCUGAACCUGGACUACAACCCUCUAGGUGACCAGGUGGCAGGGAUGCUCGCUGUCGCUGUGGCCUCCAGUCGAACCCUCGAAGUUCUGGACUUGGAGGGAACGGGACUUACCAAUCAGUCAGCCCAGACCUUGCUGGACAUGGUAGAGAACUACCCCACAGCCCUACGGACACUCAUCCUGGCGGAGAAUAACAUUAGUCCCGAGCUGCAGCAGCAGAUCUCUGACCUUCUCUCAGAGGGUGAGGAAGAGGAGGAGACAGAGGCUCACGAAGUCACAGCCAGGGAGAAGAACCCCUGGAUCUGCCAAAACAAUUCCAGCUCCCAGAUGGUCCUGAUGACGUCAGGUCUCGGUGACAGCCUCUUAGCAGAAACAGAGAUGUAGCUGGGCUACCCUGCCUGCUUCUGCCGAGAAGAGCACCGUGCCCGCGGGGGCAGCGUGUGCCUGCCGGACCCCCGCCUCCGCUGGGCUCCCCAGCCCACUUCUCACGCAUUUCACCUCCUGUCGGCGCCUCACUCGGCUCUCUGAGCGCCGGAGCCUGGUCCGAGCGAAUCUCUACACACGUCUCUGUGUUGUCACACGCCCAGUCGGCCGCUUGUGAUUGUCCCGUCGCCGCAUGUGUAGCUCACGCCGCCCCCCCACGCCCGGCUGUGCCCGCAGGGCGCAGGCUGUAUUUAUUCAGAUGUGUAUAAGAGAUGUCCUUUCUAUCGCUUGUACCGCUGUCGCGAUGAGAGUUUUAUAAAGGUCACAGACGUGGUGGCACCACU